CGGCGAUAUUCGUCUCUGUCAGGAAAAAGCAAAGUGACGUUUAGCCCUUUGCUAGUUGCAAGCACAGUGCAAGGCAUCUGUUUUUCAGGUAAAUUGUGCAAUAUAUCUGUGCAUGACUUCGGUGACAUAUCAGCAUAAGACAUGGCAGAUGACUCCCUCUUCGAAUUUCUCCACAUGGAGAUAGUAUCGCAUGUUUACAAGGAACAAGAGUCGCGCGGAGAUAACGACAAGGAGAGAGGUACCUGUGUCUCCUUGUUGGAAUGCAUGGGUUUCCGGGUAGGCCAAGGACUUAUUGAAAGGUUCACAAAAGACUCACCUGGCUUUAAAGAUGAGCUUGACGUCAUGAAAUUUCUUUGUAAAGACUUCUGGACAAACAUCUUCCGCAAGCAAAUUGACAACCUAAGAACCAAUCACCAGGGCACAUACGUCUUACAAGAUAACCGCUUUGCACUCAUAACGCAGCUAUCCAGUGGGAAGCAGUACCUGGAGGAUGCUCCUAAAUACCUAGCCUUCUCCUGUGGUCUGUUGAGGGGAGCCUUGUCCAACCUCGGCCUGGAAAGUGUGGUGACUGCAGAGGUCUCCCUCAUGCCUGCCUGUAAAUUCCAGGUGGUGGUCCAGAAGGCGUAGACGAUUGACGAUUGACCGCUGCGAGACGUCCGAACGCUUCCCUUCAGGGCCCGUCCCUGCCAUCACCCUCUGAUAUGAAUGUCUACAUGAAUGUUUCCUGAAUGUUUACACACCAAGGUAGUUUACAGCAUAUUAUUUUUGAUAACGAGUACACUCAUGGUGGACACCUCACCUCUACGAUCUAUUUGAAAACAGAAAGCCGUGUCAUUGCCAUUUUUUUUAGUACGACAGUGAAAUAUGGACAAAGAAGAACAUUUUUUUAAUGUAUCUGCGGAAAAUCUGUGAGGCCAUUGUGAAAUCCUGUACAAUCAAAGCUAGCAUCAUUACUAGAUCAAAUUAAGUUUGUGAGAUGACAUGUUUAAAUUUGUUUGAUGUAACAAUGUGACAAAUGUCUAUCUAAAAUCUAUUUAUUUAUUGUGACUAUUCCCCGCUACCUCUUUUUAUUUAAGAUGCAAUUUUUAUAUUGAUUUCUUCAACAAAUAGUGGGGUCAAAUUUCAAAUGUAUAGGCCUUUGGCUUAAAACCAUUCAGGGUGAAAAAGUUCCUGUCUUUUAUCACCAGAGGGCGCUGUGGGAAGGUCUCAUCACACGAGAACCUUUUCAGAUGCUCAUGCUAAACUCAAGAAGAGUGUUUUGUGCUCAAACUUCCAUCAUGCAACAUCACUCUCCUCACACAAGUAUAGUAGCAGACAGCAGCUCAGGUGUAGCUUGUGAUAGGAGCACAGUGCAGUGCGUCAGUGGUUGUUGAACAUCCCCCGUCUGGAUCACCCAGUCUAAACGGCACGUUAAACCGCAUUAAGCACUGCACAGUGAAAGUUUCCUGUAAACUAAGGUGCUGCCCCUGUAGAAUAGACUCUUUUUUUUGUAGACACGUUAAACAGGAAAAUGAAAAAAAAAAAAUGCCAACAUAUUAGAAGUAGUAAUAAAACAGCUUUGGUCGCACUGAAUGACACUUGAAACCACGUUUUGCAAAAAAAAAAAAGAAAUAAAAACAUAAAAACACACAUACACCCCGUUACAUUAGUCAUUAAAACCCACAGUGUGAUGCGUAGUCGGGCACUUUUUUUCCCAGCAGUGCCGAAACAGCUGGUGUAUCAUGGGAAGGGUCUCCCCUUCCUGUCAACACGUAGUCAGGGCUGGGAAGAAAGUCUAGGGGUCACCACUCCAGUGUCUCCUGCAGCCCCUCAACAAAGGUGCUGAGAGAAGGGGGAAAAAACAAAACAACAUGGAGAGUUAGUAGACGAAAGGCAUUCUGUAUGGAGAAGGCGGUCGUGGUGUGUAUAUAUGUAUAUAUAUAUGUGUGUGUGUGUGUGUGUGUGUGUGUGUGUGUGUGUGUGUGUGUGUGUGUGUGUGUGUGUGGAAGGGGGUGGUGUUGGUGAUUAAGUGAGGGUGUUAGAGUCCCUGUGUGCAGUUCCUAUUCAGUGCUGCCUGGUCCUUUGUGGAGGUAAAUAACAGCUCGGCUGCCCGGCCAUAUCCCCACCCAGCUGGCCUGCUCCUCCUGUGCUGGUCCCUGGGCCUGCCUGCCGGCCGGCUGGGCGGAUGUCCAUAAAAGAGAAGUGCUGGAAUGGACCAGGCAGGGCUGGUGCAGCUGAGAGUGAACCGUGGGCAACAUCAAACGCUUCAUCCCAAUGCUACCCCCCCCCCCCCCCCCCCUCCUGAGCCCUCCACACCUCCCUGUCCCUCUCCCUCUCUCUGCACCAGGCUGUACAUUCAAACAACGGCCCCUACCAACUUUUUGUCUUCUCCUACUUUCUCAUUUCUCUCUUUUUUUUCUUUCUUUAUUGAGGGCCCCCCUCCCGCCAACCCCCACUUCUUUUUCUGUUUCGUUAACAACCAUCGGCUCAGAGGAGGGCCAGGGCUACUUAACCAGCUAAUUGUGCGCCUUCCAAAGCCCUCUUCUCUCUCGAGGCCGGUACCUAGUGUGAGCUCUUAGCAUCUAGUAGGCUUUUCUUCUGGUGCUUUCUCUCCUUCCUUUAUAACUUGGAUUAAGCUAUGCAGUUUUGAUACCCGCAGCACUCGAAGUUUGUCAAAAGGAGUGACUAACUGUAAGAAGAAUGAAUGUGUCCAUUUGUGAUUUUUUUUUUUUUUUUUAAUAAAUAAAUGUAAUGAGUUGUGUUGUUAAAUCAAA